AUGGAGAAUAAACAAGCGCUUGUGAAGACCCAUUUUAGCAUCAAAAGGAGAAAAGACUCAGCUCGCAAUGAUGAUGUUACUGAGUACAUUUAUGCUCCAAGGUCACCAGGGAGCCAUCAAAGCAAGAAAAACGUUAUGGAGGCAAGGAACAGAAGUUUAGCAGAAGGAAAAGUAUUGCCCAAGGUUCAGACUCCAACUAAGUAUAUGAAAAAUAAUAAACCAGCUAUUUCAUGGAGAAAUGACACAAAGCAAGACAUCUCAAUAGAAGCGGCAGGCAAGCCUAUCAUGUCUCCAAAAAACAAAUUCAAAAAGAUUUUCAAAGAAAGCACUCCCCAUAAACCCAGUUUUUCCAUGCAGGAGCCUCCAGGAUUAAACGACAGCGAAAUUCUCCCCGAUAUGAAAUCAAUGAAGACAGAAAUUGACAGGCUUAAUAAUACCAUCGAAGCCAUGAAGGAAUUUUUCAAAGAAGAAGAGAGGUCUCUUCACAUACAAAUUACAUUCUUGAAAAAGGAGCUAGACUAUGUCAAAAGUGAGCUCAGCAAGACUGUCGAGUUUCUUGCCAGUGUGAUAGGAAAACAUAUGGACAAAGAAACACCUCAGUCGAUAAAUGAUGAUAUUAUAGAGAUUCUCAAAGAAAAACAAGAAGCUUUAAAACUUAACUUAGAGGCUGCGAUUUCUUCAGUAGCCGCUUUUAAAUCAAGCGAAAAAUUCAAAAUUGAGCUUUCAAGCCUUAAUAACAUUUUCCAAGCUGACUCUUCGGGCAACUUGCCAAGCACUGGGCGGUUCCAAAACCAAAGUGUGGCAGCCCGAAGCAGCGAAUCAGAACAAGAGCUUGAAAACUCUCCAUUAAUGGAAGUAAUUGCCCUUUACGAUUUCUACGCAGGAGGCCACGAACAUUUAGAAUUUAAAGCCGGAGACAGGAUCAGUGUGCUUGCAAAACUAGACGAAGAUUGAUGAAUCGGAACAAAUGGGGGGAAAACUGGAAAAUUCCCGAGCAGCUACGUUUUGCUAGAUUAA